UCAGGGAAAACAUGGCGUCCGUCUAAAACCCGACUGUAGAAAUCGUUUGGUAAAUCAAAGCAAAAGAAGAGUAGCAAAAAUAGAAGUUGAAGCAUAAACGAAGACUUUCUAAAACGUAAAAAAGUGAAAUAAAACCGGAGCUGCUCGACCAAACGCUUCGGUUUACGCGAGGAGUCAGACUGCUGUCGGUGUGUAGUUAUCUCUGCAUCAGCAUGUUGGAAGAAGCAGCACCAGAAUGGUUGUCAGAGGAGGUGAAAACAGGAACAACCAUUAUUGGCAUAGAGUAUGAUGGUGGGGUCGUGUUGGGGUCUGAUUCCCGAGUGUCUGCUGGAGAGACGGUGGUGAACAGGGUGAUGAACAAACUGUCUCCCCUCCAUGAUAAGAUCUACUGUGCUCUGUCAGGAUCUGCAGCAGACGCUCAGACCAUCGCUGAGAUAGUCAACUAUCAGCUGGAUGUGCACAGUAUCGAGGUUGGUGAGGACCCUCAGGUUCGCUCAGCUGCCACUCUGGUGAGGAACAUCUCAUACAAAUACAGAGAGGAGCUGUCAGCACAUCUGAUUGUUGCCGGCUGGGACAGAAGAAAUGGAGGGCAGGUGUUUGCUACUAUGAAAGGGCUCCUGACACGUCAACCGUUUGCAGUCGGCGGCUCCGGCAGCUCGUAUGUUUACGGGUUUGUUGAUGCUGAGUAUUGCAGAGGCAUGAACAAGCAGGAGUGCCAGCAGUUUGUUGUCAACACUCUCUCUCUGGCAAUGAACCGUGAUGGCUCCAGCGGCGGCGUGGCCUACAUCGUCACCAUCGAUGAACACGGCACAGAGGAAAAAGUGAUUCUAGGAAAUCAGUUACCCACCUUCUUUGACCAAUAACACAUUAGUUGCCCUCACAGAAGCUGUGGCUCACAGUUUUGGCACAACUGUCAAUUAACUCAGCCUGUGAUGAAACAAGGAGCGGUAUAUCUUUAAUAAUAAGUUGCUGCAUAUCUCACUAAUAUCCAAAGGUAUUUCAAGUUUAUAUCAACAAACCUUUAUGUUAAUAAAACCGUCUUUACAGUUGAUUACAUUUUUGUUUCAUCAAAUGAAAUAAAA